AAUACAUCGGCAGCCUCCCCCACCUCCCCGUCCUUGUGCUCUGCCAGCUUGUACGGCGGCGACAUGGCCGCACGCCGGACCCCGGUUACCCCACCACCCCGGUCCCCUCCUCCUGCUUCAAAUUUGAAUCUCACGCCCAGGACCGUCACCUUCCUCCAGCUCUCUCUGACUCUGAGGUCUGCUACUCUCCGGCCGCCGUUCCGCCUCGGCAGAGAUCUAUCCUCGAGAUCUCGCCGCCCCCCCUGCGGUCGCAGAAGUGAUGAUGGCAGGAACAGCAGAGGGAUACACUGAUUUGCUCCUCAGAAUGUCGGAGCCAAAUCAUGAGCCAAACUGGGACUGGUUCCCAACAAUUGCUAGUCAGGAUGCCAAAUCGAGCGCACACACUUCGCCGCCCAUGCUGAGUUCGGAUUCAAGCAUGUUUGCAUCAGAUCCAGUGCCCUACAGGUUCGGAGAUGAUGAAGACUGCAUCAAAGAUUCGGUAUGCGACCUCGACGAGUCUCCUUGUUCCGAGGAAGCAGACCUGUCAGCUCCAGAGUUGCAGGAACAAUCCCAAAUCCGGGAUGAUUCGCCAAUCGGGACGGCAUGCUAUUCCCCUGCAUCGAAUCCCACUUUGAAGAGGAGGUUCCGCCGAGGAGAAAUUCCUGAUUCAAGGGAACCAAGUUCAGGAAAGAAGAGUGCACUAGAGAUAGCUAUGAGGAAGUCAAAUGAGAGAAGCUCUGGAGCUGUCAUAGCACCAGAGAUAGGGAUGGAGUUCGAUUCAUUACCUGAAGCCUAUGACUUUUAUAAUUUGUACUCAUGGGAGAUUGGAUUCGGCAUAAGAUACGGGCCGUCAAGAAAGAACCCCUCAAAGAGCAAAAUUCUGCAGGACAUAACUUGUGGCUGUCAGGGGAAACCUAGGCAUCUCAACACACGUUCAGUUUGCUGCGGCUGCCCAGCAAUGAUCCGUUUGCACCGAACAGAUGAUCAUGGAUGGUACAUUCACGAGUUCAGGAAAGAUCACAAUCAUGGGCUGGCAAUAAAACGCGGGGAAAAGUUGCAGUGGCCAUCACAUAGAAACAUUGACCCGCACACGAAGGACCUUGUUAGGAACCUCAGGGACAACAAUGUGGGCCUCACGAAGGUGUUCAGUGUUAUUGGGAGCUUCUUCGGAUCAAUGGAAAAUAUUCCUUUCAACAAGCGAUCACUAAGGACACUGUGUGCAAGCAUCAGCAGGGACCAUUCAGAGGAUGACGUGAAGAAAACGUAUGAUGCUUUUUCAGAAAUGAAGCUGAAAGACCCCAACUUUCGUGACAGCUGCUUGGCAGACUCUGAAGGGAGGAUCAGAGCACUAAUGUGGACAAACGGGAAGAGCCGUAUGCAGUACAAUCUGUUUGGGGAUGCAAUAACCUUUGACACAACCUACCGCACAAACCAGUAUGACAUGCCUUUUGGAUUAUUCGUCGGUGUCAACAACCACUUCCAAAGUAUAAUCCUAGGUGGUGUCCUGUUGACGAACGAGAAGACAGAGACAUUUGAGUGGGUGUUCAAAGAAUUUGUAUCUCUAAUGGGAGGGAAACCACCAGCGACCAUUCUUACAGAUCAGUGUCGUGCGAUGGAGAUAGCUAUUGCCGCUGUUCUCCCUGAGACAACCCACAGAUGGUGCAAGUGGCAUGUUUUGCGCAAAGCUAAAGAAUGCAUGGGAUCAGUCUAUUCGAAAGCGUCCGGUUUUCGUGACGAGUUCCACAAGAUUCUGGAGUACAUGAUAACGGUGGAGGAGUUUGAGGCAGCAUGGUCAAGUCUCGUCGCAAAGUAUGGUCUUGAGGAACACCCUUUCUUAACUCAGAUUUUCGAGGUCAGAGAGAAGUGGGCGAAGCCAUACUUUGCAGGAAAGUUCUGCGCUAGGAUGACAAGCACCCAACGUUCUGAGAGUGCAAACCACAUGCUAAAGGGUUUUGUCCCGCCAGGGUCUUCAAUGAACAUGUUUGUUAGGCACUACGAUAAGCUGCAGUUUGACAGAGAUGAGGAGGAGAACUACCAGGAGAUGCGCAGCCGCCUGGGAGGUAUAGUGCUCAACAGUGGGGAGCCUAUUGAGAUGCAUGCGAGCAAGAUUUACACACCAAACAUGUUUGGCUUGUUCAAGGUACACUUGUUCCAGUCGGGGUCAUAUAUUGUGCAGGAGGUAAUUGAUGGACAAAGGUUCAUUGUGAAGCACAUAUUCGCCGAGAAGAGAGAGAAAUGGUCCCGGACAGAGUAUGAAGUUAUUUUUGAUCCCCAGAGGGAGACUUUCAAGUGUGAGUGUGUGAUGUACGAGCACAUGGGAAUAUUGUGCGGCCAUGCACUCAGGGUUAUGAUCAGUCUAGGUAUAACAGAAAUACCUGCAAGCCACAUCAUGAGGAGGUGGACCAGAGAUGCAUACCGUGACAUGCCUGCACAUCUUAUGAUAUAUCAAAAUGACAGCCCUGCUAUGAAAUCCACGAGCUUCCGCCACUCAGCUUUAUACAGAACUGCAAUUGAGAUUGUUCAGAUGGCCGACACUAAUCCUGAGUCAUACGAGGUAGCAAUGUCCCACUUUUUAGAUGCCAUGCCUAUCCUAUUAGAAACAAGCAAGAUCAAAGAUGGUCUUGGGCUGGAAGAGAGACUUCAUGCAUCAGGCCGGCACACACAAUACCAAGGAGACAGAUACGAGAGCAGCAGUCUACGCCCAGACAUGGUUGCUCCUCCCAAAAGGAAAGAGAUGGGGCGACCAACCACAGCAAGAAGCCGGCCUGGGUACGAGAAGGUUAGUGUGCCGAGGACAAAAUUUUGCACCAUAUGCCGUAGUAGGAGCCAUAGGUCGAAUGGGUGCCCAUCGAACUGGAACAAGAAGCCACGGCGAGAGGCGCAUUGCUCCAAUUGUGGUAUUGCUGGUCAUAGGAAGACCAAUUGUUUGACAACCAAUUACUAGCAAACGAACUUACGGGAAUGUGUGAGUGGAUACCUGUAGGAUGUUAACCACAUCUUGUGGAAAUCCUAUUUGAAGUUUUAUUUUUUGUAGCUGAAUUAUGCGCAGAUUGUUAUCUUGAGUCGAGUUACAAGUUCCUGAAGGUUGUCUCCA